CUGCGAACAUGGCGCUGCGAGUGGCGCGCAGCGUGCGGGCCGCGAUCUGCAGCCUGCGCGCCAUCUCUGCGUCCAACGCGCCCUGCCCGCCGCGGCCCUGGGGACUGCGGGCGGGCGCCGUCCGGGCGCUGCGCACCGGCCCCGCUCUGCUGUCGGGUCGUAAAUUCACAGACAAACAUGAAUGGGUAACAACAGAAAACGGUGUUGGAACAGUGGGAAUCAGCAAUUUUGCACAGGAAGCUUUGGGAGAUGUUGUUUACUGUAGUCUGCCUGAAGUUGGGACAAAAUUGAACAAACAAGAGGAAUUUGGUGCUUUGGAAAGUGUGAAAGCUGCUAGUGAACUCUAUUCUCCUCUAUCAGGAGAAGUAACUGAAAUUAAUGAAGCUCUAGCAGAAAAUCCAGGACUUGUCAACAAAUCUUGUUAUGAAGAUGGUUGGCUGAUCAAGAUGACACUCAGUAACCCUUCAGAACUAGAUGAACUAAUGAGUGAAGAAGCAUAUGAGAAAUACAUAAAAUCUAUUGAGGAGUGAAAAUGGAACCCCUAAAUAAACUAGUUUGAAACAACUUAAUCUAGCAUAGUUGUCUUAAAUUAGUGGUGGAUAGAUUUUUAAAAAGCAACUUUUAGCAAAAGAAACUACUUGAAACAAUGUUGCCUGAAGAAAAUACCCCUUAACUUCCUAGUGAUUUCAGAUAAACACUAUGCAUCUUUUUCACAACACCCUGUGAUUUUUAGGCUAGUCUCCAGUUAUAAUACUCAGAAUUCCUGAAAUUAUCUGUGGUAAAACUA